AUGGACAACGACGUAGACACUGGGCCAGAGCCAGCAUCCGAGCCCAGUACUUCUGCAUUGCGACAUGAAAAUCUGAACCGUGAGCACUCGCCCGAGCCUGACUUGGAUCUGGACCUUACUCGGGGCACGCAUCAAGUAUGGCUAGUAAAGGUGCCCAAAUUCCUGAUUGAUGGUUGGUCGCGUAUUCAGCAUGAUGAUGUACCGCUAGGCCAUGUGCGUGUGUAUGAUCCAGAUGAGAAUGGAAAUCAACCUAUGGAACUUAUCCUCCCAGAAUCACCUGCAUGGCCUAUCCCUAUCGAAGACCCUCUUGUCCGAUCGCAGUUUGCGCAUAUGCCACGCAAGUACGACAUGAAGUUGACGUCUUCUACCAGUGAAACAUACGCCAAGAAUUUAUACGCUUUUGAAGAGGAACUUAUCGAUGAGGAUGACGUGGCCAGUGAUCUGGGUGUGGACGAGGAUGUAGUACCCGACGCUGUCGAUAUCAAGGGGCCUCGAAGCACUGGACCUGCACGCGGCGUACAUAAAAAAAGGCGAACGACAGCUUUAACAGGGACGGUCACUAAUGAGACGUCAGUGCAACCGCAAAAGCUGCAGGCACCUGUAACAUCAUCGACUGAGAGCAAGCCAUCGCUGCGCGCAGGACAGUCCCGCUCUCUUCUCACUCCAGAAUAUCGAGAGAUACUUCGUCGGCGCCGUAUUGAGUCUUCCACUCCCAAACGCUCCGUGAUCAUGAUGGAAAGUGGCGAUACUGGCAUGAACAAUAUGCUUGCUGCUGGUGUAGGCAAGGGACACAUCAAACCGCGUGCCACCAACAUUGUCGCAGGUGCUAUGCAGUCGCGCUCGGGUGACUCUACUGAGAAGUUUGCGCGUAUGCCACGCAACGAGCUUCUUGAUUUGCUCUUCAAUCUUUUCGACAAGUACAGCCACUGGUCACUGAAGCGCCUGCGUGAAGAAACGCAGCAGCCCUACGUCUAUUUGCGCGAAGUUCUCUCAACAAUAGCUAACCAACACCACAAUGGCCCAUACGCCGGUUCCUGGAGCCUAAAACGUGAAUAUAGUGAAGGUUCUCGUGAAGGUCUCGUCUCGUCUGUCAAUGAAAGGUCACAAAAUGAAAUCUCUGAUGAAAAUCAAGACAUGGAAGAUGUUGUAUAA